ACUCCACUACCAGUCACGGGAGGAGGGGUAGGCACAAAAAGUGACACAAGGCUCAAUUUUGAGAGGAUAUUUGCAUACUAACAUUUUGUAAAGAAGAGGGUGUGCGCUCGAUUUUCACUGAGAUAUGUGACUGGAUAUGUUCACUCUGGGAAUUUAACCACAGUGAGAAGCUGGCAGCGCUGGUUUGGACAUGGAAAAAACUGGACUUUGGAUAUUUCUGAUAAUAACUUGGGUUGUUCCAGGAAUAAAUGGGCAAUCUGUGCAAAUGGAUGAUGGGAAGUCAGGGUAUGUUGGCUCAAGGGUGGAUCUCUGCUGUCGCUUCAUCAACAGCUCACCACCUGUCAAAAUCUCCCAGGUAACAUGGCAGAAACUGGUGAACGGCACUAAGCAGAACGUGGCAAUCGCAAACCCCUCCCUGGGUGUGUCUGUUGCCCCGCCAUACAGGGAACGCAUCACCUUUAAGAAUCCAGCGGUGAGACGACGAACUCCGAAUCUUGAAGACACCACCAUUGUGUUUUCCUCUCUCCGCCUUGCUGAUGAGGCCACUUACAUCUGUGAAUACACCACCUUCCCUGCAGGGAACCGGGAGAACACUGUAAAUCUCACUGUCUAUGUUCGCCCAACAACUCAGAUGAGUCUGUCUUCACCGACACUGGUGGCUCGUUCAUCCAAUCUGAAAACACCAGUGGCUACCUGCAUCUCUGCCAAUGGAAAGCCACCUGGUACCAUCAGGUGGGAGACGAGGGUUCCUGGAGAAGUGACCACGAGAGAGUACAAAAACUCAGACAGUACAUUUACUGUUCAGAGUGACUACAUUCUGGUACCCAGCAGAGAAACGCACAAGGAAACACUCACCUGCGUCACCACCUACAACGACGAGGUCUACACUGACAGUGUCACGCUCGAUAUUCAGUAUGAGCCAGAUGUUUGGGUGGAAGGCUUUGAUGGCAACUGGUAUCUGAACAGGGAGAACGUCCAGCUGAGCUGCCAAGCUGAUGCUAAUCCAGCUGUCUCUCUCUAUCAGUGGAGACUUAUUAAUGGAUCCUUACCGAACAAUGCUGAGGUCCAAGACAACGUUCUUACAUUUAAAGGGCAAGUCACCUAUGACCUGCAAGGUAUUUAUGUGUGUGACGCCACCAACAGCAUCGGAACACGAUCAGGCUCUGUGGAGGUCAGCAUUAUAGAAAAGCCACUACCUCAGAUUGCAACAGGUGAUGUCAUCAGUGUCAUUGCCUUAUUAUUGGCUGCUGGAGUACUCAUGGGCAUCACCAUCACAGUGUUGAUUCUCAAAAUAAGAAGUAGAAAAGACAACACCUCGUACGUAAAAGUCGCUCACUCAGUCACUUUGCUUCGCAUUCUUGUUUUUCCCUUGGUUUUUUUUAUUAGUAUUCUCGUCUGUUUUGUUAGAAGUGACUCUCCUUCGAAAAAAUUCCAGCCAAUAAGGAAAAGACCAGGAGAUGAUAUCCAGCAUUCAGGACGCUUUUAUGAAGAGCUUCCAAACACAGCUGACUAUGUGAGCUACAGACUGGCCUGUAACAAAGAGGACUAUCCAGAGCCCUACUCUCCUCCAAUCAAUCCUCCACUUACAUUUCUGCCCCAGCACCCCUAUCAGUCCUCACAAACAACCCCUGCAACAAGCAGCAGUAGCACCACCACACCAAAGAACACAUUCUCUCCUCCUUCACACACCACAGCUGUCUUUAAAUACCCCUCCGUAACAGGUCUGUCUUCUCCUCCCCCUGGAGUGGCUGCUUACACUUUUCCCAAAGAGCAGUAUGUCUGAAGCAUCUUGCUACACAUUUUCCAGUCCCAUUCCUUAAGAGGAGGAUGGAAAGCUACAUUUAACCCUAUACUAUAAGGCAGUGUACCUGCACUCUCUGAACUAUUGUGGAUGACUGUUGAGAUCCAAGGACAAUGCAGCUUCUGUUGUUAGACUUGGCAUUAAGUCCAGUUUUGAAAUAUUUUCUCUCUUUUGUCCUGUUUUUUGUUGUGCUAUGUAGUCAUUGAAAAGGGAGGGUCAUUUCAGAUAAUGUGGAGUUCAAGUUAAAGAGUAUUAGACUUUAAUUUGAAACAUGUAGAGUGAAUGGCUGUAUUAUAUUUGAUUAGAUCAAACUGAAUGAAUGUGAUUAUUGCUUGGUGUGGAUGACUCAUUAUUUUAUUCUCUAUGGCAUGGCAUUUUGUAAAAAAAGAAGAAAACAAA